ACUCCAAAGUCAUUUUGGACACAAGACUAAGACAAGAUGACAUCAACAUAAGAUGCUUUUGCAGGUUUUAUAGACUUUUCCAAAAUGUGUGACAGAUGUUUCUCGAAACAGGACAGCUGCCCAUCUUUUUACUUCAAUUAUGUUAUCGGCUUUCUAGGAUACUUAUGUUUCGUUUAUGAAGCUUGUGGAAUUAACAUUCUAAAACAGGACUGAGCUGGAAGAACGAGACGUGCUGUGAAAGAGUGUUGAGGGACAGAGUGUCAGGAUGAGUGUGAGAUGGGAGACAGAGGGGUUACAGACUGUGGGCAUUGUCUGCCUGGUCAUCAUGUUUCUCAAACUCAUGCAUCUGCUUGGACUCAUAGACAUUACUGAGACAGACGACAGCAGUGACAGUGACCUCGAGCUGUCCACGGUGCGACAUCAGCCUGAGGGUCUGGAGCAGCUGCAGGCUCAGACCAAAUUCACCAAGAAGGAGCUGCAGUCCCUUUAUAGGGGCUUCAAAAACGAGUGCCCAAGUGGUUUGGUUGAUGAGGAAACUUUCAAGACCAUCUACUCUCAGUUCUUUCCCCAAGGGGAUGCCACCACAUAUGCCCACUUCCUUUUUAAUGCAUUUGAUCUUGACAGAAAUGGCUCGAUUCGUUUUGAGGACUUUGUGAUUGGUCUGUCCGUGUUGCUGAGAGGAUCUGUCACUGAAAAGCUCAACUGGGCUUUCAACCUUUAUGACAUCAACAAGGAUGGAUACAUCACUAAAGAGGAGAUGCUGUUAAUCAUGAAGUCAAUCUACGACAUGAUGGGCAGGUAUACCUACCCCAGUGUGCGAGAUGAAGCUCCAUCUGAACAUGUGGAAAAGUUCUUCCAGAAAAUGGACAGAAAUCGAGAUGGUGUGGUCACUAUUGAGGAGUUUAUUGAGACCUGUCAGAAAGAUGAAAACAUCAUGAACUCCAUGCAGCUCUUUGAAAAUGUGAUAUAGGACGGGAGUGGAAUGAUCCAAAGCUAAAACAGCCCUCAAAGCCCCAAUCCAGUUCUCUCCAUGUCUAUAUACCAAACUAGCACAGCAAUCACUCUCUGUCUUGUCCUGUAGCACUACUCCCAUGCCUGCUGCACUCCGUAGAAUCGUAUAGACCAACACAUAGCCUAAAGUAUGGCGUCACAGUUUGUACUUCACAGCAGGACUACUUUUAAAAAGAAAAGCCUGGACGGCUGGGAUCCUUCCAGUUGCUAAAUACCGGCAACCGUGUGGUGGAACUUUCUGAUCAGAAUGAACAAAUGAAGUAGCAAAGCCACGUUUUGUAUCACUGGUUGAUGGAUUCCAAUGGGCUCUCUAACAUCCAGAUAAAAACCAUCACCACUCUGGACUGCUAUCUUCUGCCUUCUGAUUAUGAAUGAGGGAGAUUACAAGACUCAAUCUCAACCUUCCAGAUACCAUAGUUUGAACGAGAGUACAGUAACUAUGGAUUUCAGGGGAUCCAAAGGAAGGUCCAGCACCAAUGACGAUUGAAGCACACCAGAGACUACACGUAAAAGUCACCAAAAGAACAAAAUAAAUGUGAUGAAAACCGACCUGAAGCAUGCCUGUCCAAAUAUGUGAGAUAUUUGUGAUUUUCUUGCAUGGAGACUGACAAAGUUGUAAAUUUUCUUCCUUGUAAGCCAGUAGGUCCCACAGAAGACUGUAAGCAAACUAAAGCAACUGUAUGCGUGAAGUUACAUAGUGUACCAGUGUUUAUUAGUUCUGCUCAAACCUGUAUUGCACAUAUCAGUGGGGCCAGGGUGAUUUGUUUGGUCACAUUUGAUUCUUGCAGAGCAAUGAGGUAUAUUAAAAGUUAUAUUUACACUAUAGGCAUUUUAGAAGUAUAGAAGUAUGUGUUUUAUUUUCAGAAAUGUAUUUAUUUGUCAGGCGGCAUCUAAUGGAAUGCAGGGUUUGGCCAUGAACGGACAUUUCCAGAUUAUUAAAAGUGUG